AUGAUACCGCCCAACCAGGCCCGCGGGGGGCCAUCCCGGUGGCACUUCGACAUCGACAAGCACAUCAACCCCUUCUUCCCGCCGUCCGCUCUGCCCUUGAUGCCCGCCCCCAUCGCCCACUUCCUCGGGUACCGCACCCACCCGCCGGCGCACCCGUUGGGCAACCUGGCCAUGAUCUUCUGGGCCGUCAUCGGCGUGUUUUCCAGCCUGGCCAUCAUCGGCGCCGUUGCGCUAGCCGUGCCGUCCUUCCAGGCCCAGGGCGUGCCCACCAUCAUCGGGAGUUUUGGCGCGGCCGCCGUCCUCGACUUCUACGCCAUCGAAUCCCCGCUCGCCCAGCCCCGCAACGCCAUCCUCGGCCAAGCCGUCUCCGCCCUCACCGGCAUCGCCAUCUGCAAGCUCCUCGCCUUAUCCCCGCACUUCGAAGCCAUCCGGUGGCUGGGCGCGUCCCUCGCCUGCGCGUGUGCCACCGCGCUCAUGGCGCUCACGGGCACGGUGCACCCGCCGGCGGGCGCGACGGCGCUGAUGGCGGUGCUGGAUCCGCGGCUGGCGGAUCUGGGGUGGUUUUUGUUCUUGCCGUUGUUGUUGGGGUGUUGUCUGAUGGUGGCGGUGGCGAUGCUGGUGAAUAAUGUGCAAAGGCGGUUUCCGUAUUAUUGGUGGAGUCCGAAUGAGACGGGGGGGUAUUGGCGGCGGCGGCGGCAGGAAGGGGGUGGUUGUGGGCAAGGGGGGUGUGGGGAGGGGGGUGCUGCUGGGGAGAAGGGUGGCGGGGUGGUACACGGCCAGGGGAAGCCGCGGGAUGAGGAGUCGAGUGGGAGUUCCUCUGGCGGUGAGCCGGAGGUGGGUGGGGAGUUGAUGCAGACGGUGUCGGUGAUGAGUGGGCGUGGUGGGGAGAUUGUGAUCCGGCGUGGACGGGUGCAGAUACCGGACGGGUUGAGCCUUAGACCAGAGGAGGUUUUGUCGCUGGAGAUGCUUAGUGAGAGGUUGUGA